AAGGAUACUUCUCUCCUUUCUUCUAAGCUGGGGGAGUCAAUUAUUUGCACAAGUCCAGCAGAACUAUCUCACAUCCCCACACAUCAACUGAUAUCUUGCUUAACCCUGUUAAUAGUUUGUCACUACAAUCCUCCAACAUCCUUAUGUUCAUACCGUCGAGUCCUGCUGCUUUCUCUUGUUUUAGGUUAGACACAGCUUUUUCAACCUCAGUUACAGUUGGAUGACCGAUAUCUGCUUCCCAUUUAGGGGUACCUCGAAACAUACUUUUGGUGUUCCGCAUAGCGCGAAAGGAUAUCUACUGUAUGCCUAGCGUCUAAGGUACCACAUCAUGAAGUCCAGUAAAGAUUCGAAUGGAUCGCUCCACUUAGAUUCAAGACCAAAUAAAGCAGUCAGAGAGAACUGUGGUGACAAAAUUAAUAAGACGAAUACUGUUAUUGGCAAUAUGUGUCAUGCAGUUGUAAGUCAAAAGCCUACUAAUGAAAUGAAAGGGAAGUUAAGUGAUAAUAAAAAAACAUCGUUUUCUACCACUGAACUUUCAAGUCUUUCCAGUCCUCCCAGAACAAGUGAAUGUACUCAGAAACCUAAACGAUCGCUCGUAGACUGGGAUAGUUUUAUAAAUUUACCCAAAAAGCAACGAAAUCUGUCUUUUAGAACUGGCGAUCCAUUUCGACCAGUACUCACGAAAACAACACCACCCGCUCUCACAUCCCCCGUUAAAUUAAAACAGGAUUAUGAUAAAGAUUGUGUGUUACCUGUAAAAACGAAUGAUUCGACGGGGAAGAGUGCGUUAACAUCACCCAGAAGCAGUUCACGACAAGACAAGCCAUGCUCGCCUAGCAGUCGUUCAUCUUUUGAUAAAAAUCCUAAGAGGAAUGCUUUUGCAAAGAAAGAGGACUUACCUUAUGCAUUUAAUCCAGACCGUAUCUCACCACCGUUUGUAACGAAAAAGCCUACUGAAUCUAAAAAACAUAGGCUGUCACUUUUUACCGCUGACCUCACCAAGUGUAUAUUACUUCCAGAUGGAAAAGAUGUAAAGUCUCGAAAAGGAAAUCAUGAACAAAACCAUAUUUACUCCAGUGAUUCCAAAAAAAGGAAGUUAUCCCCUUCAGUUUUUUCUUGUAAAAUGAAAAAGUCAUCCGCAGUUUUAAUGAAAGCAGGUCAGUGUAAUGGUUUGCUGUCAGCUGACUCCCAUCCUGAUAAAAAUCGUACAAGAAAAAAGUUGUAUGAAAUCAAUCAGUUUUACGAAUCCCCAUCAAUGUUCCCUGCAACUUCUAGUUUAGUUGAGAAUGUGGACGAUGAAAUAUCAAUUAGAAAUGGUGUUAUUUCUCCAGGGAAUUACAGUCUUCUGAAUGGACAUUCAAGCGAUGAUAGCGAAUCUCAGCAAUACUCGUAUUCGAAGAAAUCAACUGUCAUUGCUUCUAAUGAUUCAAAAUUGAAAUUAGUCACUCCUCCUUGGGCUACUCGCAGGACCUUUAGUGAUGCUGAUAGUUCAAUUAAAAGAGUUAAUACAUCAGACAAUGAUGAUAUAGCCUCUCAAAAUAAAGAUUUAAAUUCUUCAGAGAAUCAUUUGCCUUCAAAAAUACAUCCUUCUAAGUUAACCGAAAAAGAUAUUUGGCACAAUUACAGACCUUCUCACAAUGGACCUUAUACAUGUUCAUUUUGUGGUCAAGUGAUUCAUAAGCGAUCAAAAUUCUCCAAGCAUCUACUUACCUGUAAAGCUAGAUUGUCAAUGGGCAUCAAUGACGCCAAAAAAAUGAAGUCCUUAUCGCAGAAGAAGAAGCAGAAACUCCAUUCUUUGUUGAAAUCCUGCAGUAAAAUGUCAUCAAAAUCAGAUGAUGUUAUGGAACGUUUAACCAGACGUAUACUGUUCCAUACUACACAAAAAAAGAAAUGUGAUACAUCCAACAAUCAUGUAAUGGAGAAUUCGUCUUAUGAGAUGUCUGAUAUCUUCGCGAGUCAUGAUGAUGCGAAAGACGUUUCAUCCUGUAUAGAAAGUUCUCACAAAAGUUGCCUACCACGGACACCGCUAAAAUCAGUGUGUGACACGAGUGAAGAUUUUAGUGAUAUAUUCGAGGACUCAAUAACUCCUUCGACGUCUAAAACGAAAGCUUCACGUGAUGUCGAGAAUGAACGGAGUGUUAGUGAGCAAAAGUCAAGUGAAUCCCUUGGAGAAGACACUGAUUCAUCAGUUCGUACACUGAGGAGAACGCGUGUACGCGAGAUGCGAACGUCUACGGAUAAAGCGAAGAUGAUACGUCGUACUUCGUCAAAGAAAUCAGCCAAAGGUGAAAGAAUGUGUAGUCCGUCUUCGAAGGUAGGAGAGGAACAAUUUGUUUUUGUUGGUUCCGAUAAUACUAGUGAAUGUUCACGUGUACAGAUAAAUGAAGACAAGCCGGAGGACAGUAAUCUAAAAUGUGAUACAUCCAACAAUCAUGUAAUGGAGAAUUCGUCUUAUGAGAUGUCUGAUAUCUUCGCGAGUCAUGAUGAUGCGAAAGACGUUUCAUCCUGUAUAGAAAGUUCUCACAAAAGUUGUCUACCACGGACACCGCUAAAAUCAGUGUGUGACACGAGUGAAGAUUUUAGUGAUAUAUUCGAGGACUCAAUAACUCCUUCGACGUCUAAAACGAAAGCUUCACGUGAUGUCGAGAAUGAACGGAGUGUUAGUGAGCAAAAGUCAAGUGAAUCCCUUGGAGAAGACACUGAUUCAUCAGUUCGUACACUGAGGAGAACGCGUGUACGCGAGAUGCGAACGUCUACGGAUAAAGCGAAGAUGAUACGUCGUACUUCGUCAAAGAAAUCAGCCAAAGGUGAAAGAAUGUGUAGUCCGUCUUCGAAGGUAGGAGAGGAACAAUUUGCCUUUGUUGGUUCCGAUCAUGCUAGUGAAUGUUCACGUGUACAGAUAAAUGAAGACAAGCCGGAGGACAGUAAUCUAAAAUGUGAUACAUCCAACAAUCAUGUAAUGGAGAAUUCGUCUUAUGAGAUGUCUGAUAUCUUCGCGAGUCAUGAUGAUGCGAAAGACGUUUCAUCCUGUAUAGAAAGUUCUCACAAAAGUUGCCUACCACGGACACCGCUAAAAUCAGUGUGUGACACGAGUGAAGAUUUUAGUGAUAUAUUCGAGGACUCAAUAACUCCUUCGACGUCUAAAACGAAAGCUUCACGUGAUGUCGAGAAUGAACGGAGUGUUAGUGAGCAAAAGUCAAGUGAAUCCCUUGGAGAAGACACUGAUUCAUCAGUUCGUACACUGAGGAGAACGCGUGUACGCGAGAUGCGAACGUCUACGGAUAAAGCGAAGAUGAUACGUCGUACUUCGUCAAAGAAAUUAGCCAAAGGUGAAAGAAUGUGUAGUCCGUCUUCGAAGGUAGGAGAGGAACAAUUUGCCUUUGUUGGUUCCGAUCAUGCUAGUGAAUGUUCACGUGUACAGAUAAAUGAAGACAAGCCGGAGGACAGUAAUCUAAAUGAAAGUGAUAAUUCGCUUUUCCGGUCACCUAGUGGAUUGAAUGCAACAGAUAAAGAAUUUUCGAUAACAAAGUCUUCUUCUCCUCUAUUCAGAUGUGACUCAUGUUCAGUGGAAUAUGGUCUUCGGAGGUUACUUUCGCUUCAUAUGCGCGGAAAGCAACAUAAGUUAAAUGCUAUGAAGAAUGAAUCUCUUAUGAAAGAACCAGACAAAUGUGACAGUGAACCCGUAGGAAAUAUAAUCCCAGAUGUUGUAUCAGACGAGUGUGAAAAGUCGGUGCUGGUUAAUCCUCCUGUUUCAAACAAUAACGAAGUUGUUGAGUUGCUUGAGACCUCGAGGCAUUCAAUUACCGGUGAAGGUGAUGAUGAUGAUGAUGAUGAGGAUAAUGAAACAUUAUCGAAGCUGUCUGAGAAACUGAAAUCUUCUUCUACUACUCCAAACAAAAAUAUUCCAAAUUUAGAAACUGGAAAAAAUUUACAAUCGGAAUUUAUUGAAUCUUCACGAAUUGAAUCAAAAGAUAAAAUUGCUUCAUUGGAAAGUAAACAACAGAAACAUUUAUCUCAAACACCGAAGAAGUCAACAACAGUAUCUUCUACUUCUGUCUUUAUUUGCGACACAUGUUCAUUUCCUUUUCGUCAUAGAGGAUCACUUUUACGCCACCAACGGAAAACGAAUCAUAGGAAUUACGAUGAUUCGGAUUUAAACCCAUCCAGUAGAGUUAAUAAUAAUAAUAUUGUAUUAGUUAAGGAUGAUACUGAUUCAAAUCAUUGUAAAAGUCAAAAUCACAAGUUCCCUGAGCAUCAAAUGUCAACAAUAAAUCCGUUUGUUAGCCCUCAAAAAGGAAUCACAACCUCUAUGAUGAACGAAAAACAUCCACGGUCGGACACAGUAGUAACUCCUUUUUUCAAAAUAGAAGAAACAGUUUCUAAGGUUAAUAACCAUUUCAAUACUAAUGUAAUAAAAAUGGAGGAAACUGAAUGCCUUUUAAGAGCAUCAGAUACAACUCCUGUUGACGAUGUCACAGCACAUAGUGAAUUGACAUCAACUCAGUCAAACGAAACAGUAAAUGCACAAGAGAAACCUGUGGUUGAUUCUAAGAAUUUGUCUUCAAUGGAUGAUUCCACCAUUCAUAAUACUGAAAAAUCUAACUCCAUAUGCUUAAGAAGGCGUAGCAUGUCAAUACAAUCGAAUGAAGGUAAAAAACCUUCAUCUACUUCAAAGAGAUCAUCAUCUGUUAAGAAAACUACAGGUGAUUCAUAUUCUCUACCUGCUACACCUUCAAACGAUGAAAUCGUCAAAAGUCGGCGCUCAUCAGUGUCUACACUAUCUUCUAAUGAUAAUUUUAUUGACGAUGCCAAAUCUGUUAUCUCAAAUGCUACAACUAUUCCAGCAUCUGAUGAAAUGAACAAAGACGACCCUGAAUUAUCCACAACACCCUCUUGUCCAUGGUGCAAUAAAUCUGGUUACUCGUGUCUACGUAUCCUUCACAUACACCAGUCAAAAUGUCCACUUCGUCCUAAAUUGAUAGAAGAACAACACAAGUCACCGGUGUCUAAUAAGGAAAUUGAUAAACAAGCCACAACAAAUUUUACUUGUCAGGAAUGCAAUCGUGGAUUCCCUACCAGCAUGGGUUUAAGAGUUCAUUGUGCUAUGCUAAAGCAUAAACAUACUGAACAAAAACCAGUACCUGUUGAUACAUAUUCACAAUCUUUAGCUUGUCCAGGAUGUUCUCGUGAUGCACCGUUAUUUGAUUCUACAGAAAAAUUAUUGAAACACUUGUUAACAUUAAAAUCAGGUUCCGGUAAUAAUCAUACAAGUCGUAGUCAACGUUGGCCAACUGUAUUACAAGUGCCUAAUUUAGGAUAUGGUUGUUAUAUCUGUGGUCUGUUACUCGCCUCUGAGUCACGUUUAGAUAAGCAUAAAAAAGCUGUUCAUGAAGCAUGGCUAUUAGAAGAACAAGAAAAAAUUAGCCCUGGUAAAUUACCUAAGUCAAGCAGUAAUUCUUCUUGAUAAUUGUUCCCCUUUCUGUUGUCUAUCAUCUCUCCUCCUUCCCCCCACCCCCAUGCUCCUUGUACAUCUUCUUUAUAGAGCCUUCUAGACAAAUUGUGUUAGUCAGUCCUAUUCCAACUAAUCAUAUGCAAGGAAAUGAAUUAAUCUUAAACAGUAGGAUAUGACAAAAAUGGAAUAACUGUAUAUGUAAUUAAUUAGUAUUUAUUUACGUGUAUUUUAUUUUCAUUCUAACAAAAGAUAUUUAUUUAUAUGUUAUUGCAUAAUUUGAUAUGUUUACAAGUGAAAUGUAAAUAUGUUGAAAUGAGGAAUGAUCUUUUCAAUGUUUUCUGUGUGUUUGUUUUCUACUUAGCUACUUACUUACCGAAUGUAUAUAAAGAUGCCGCUUUUCAACUUAGCUCUACUACUAUUUAAAUUGUUAUGUACAGUUAAUCUCCUCUGGGUUGUUUUUUUUUUUAAAAAACAACAACUUUUGUUUGAUCGAAAGUCAGCAAUAUAUUUCAUUAGGAUUUUUCAAUGAACGCUUUUUUUCUGUGGUUGGUUUUCUAUAAUGACUUGUUUUAUUCGAUAGUUCUUUUCUUUUUUUAUAACAACUUAGAUCUGUUUUCUUUUGUUGCUAAAUGUGUUAUU